CGAGGGCGAUGGCGGCCUGGGUUGGGGCGCGGGCGGCCGCCGGGGCCCGGGGCGUCUACGCCAGGGCCCGGGGCGUCCACGACGGGUGGGGCCCGUCGCAAAGCUACGACGUGGUGGUGUCCGGAGGGGGCCUGGUGGGCGCCGCCGCCGCCUGCGCGCUCGGCCACGACGUCCAUUUCGGCCGGAAGAAGAUCCUCCUACUGGAAGCGGGACCCGAGAGAGCCCCGGACCGGCCGCCCGAGAAGUUCAGCAACCGCGUCAGCUCCAUCUCCCCGGCCUCGGCCGCGCUCCUGGCCAGUUUCGGCGCCUGGGAGCACAUCCGCGACACGCGAUGCAAAGCCUUCCGGCGGAUGCAGGUGUGGGACGGCUGCUCCGAGGCCCUGAUCACGUUCGACAGGGACGAGCUGGACCCCGUGGGCUACGUCGUGGAGAACGACGUCAUCAUGGCGGCGCUGACCCGGCGGCUGGAGGCCGUGUCGGAUCGGGUGGACGUCCUCUACGGGAGCCGAGCGGCGGAGCUGGCCUGGCCCUCGGCCGGCCGGGGCCCCGAGGCCGACCCCUGGGUCCGCGUCACCCUCGCCGACGGCCGCCGCCUCCGCGCCCAGCUGCUGGUGGGCGCCGACGGCCGGGACUCGCGGGCGCGCCGGGCGGCCGGGAUCCGGACCGUGGGCUGGAGGUACGACCAGUCGGCCGUGGUGGCCACCCUGCACCUGUCUGAGGCCACGGACAACAACGUGGCGUGGCAGAGAUUCCUCCCUUCGGGACCCAUCGCGCUGCUGCCGCUGUCAGACGCGGUGAGCUCCCUGGUCUGGUCCACCUCCCACGAGCACGCGGCGGAGCUGGUCGGCAUGGACGAGGAGGCCUUCCCGGACGCCGUCAACUCGGCCUUCUGGAGCGACGCCCACCACACGGAGCUGGCGGCCGCGGCGGGCUCCGCCCUGCGGUCGGCCCUGAGCGUCCUGCGCCCGGCGGGGACCCCGGCCCGCCAGCUGCCCCCCAGCGUGGCCCGCGUGGAGCCCGGCAGCCGGGCCCGCUUCCCCCUGGGGCUGGGCCACGCCGCCGACUACGUCCGGCCCCGCCUCGCCCUCGUCGGGGACGCCGCGCACACGGUCCACCCUCUGGCCGGGCAGGGGGUCAACAUGGGCUUCGGGGACGUCGCCGCCCUGGUCCGGCGCCUCGGCGCGGCCGCCUUCGACGGCGGAGAUCUGGGCUCGCUGAGCCUCCUGGCCGGCUACGAGACGGAACGGCAGCGCCGCAACGUCUGCCUGCUGGCGGCCACCGACCUCCUGGCGAGGCUCUACUCCACGGCCGCCGCCCCCCUCGUGCUGCUCAGGACCUGGGGCCUGCAGGCCACCGACGCCGUCGCCCCCCUCAAGGAGCGGAUCGUGGCCUUUGCGAGCAGGUGAACUCCCCGUCCUCCGGCGGAGGGGAUUCGCCCGCGCCGAGGCCCCGGGGAGGGGCCCGCCGCCGGUCGGCUCGAGGAAAAUAAAACGUCCGACGGCACGGC